AAGAAAAUAGAAGGGAUAGUUAACGUACCACUAUCUCCACUCACUCCUUAGCUGCUCGCUUGCGCCAUUCAUCCCGCAUCGGUCCACCGGCUCGCAGUCUGUAAUCCAUGCUCGACGUUAUUCUUGUACAACCACCCCGUCUGUCGUCGUUUCUACCCGCUCCUUCCCUUCGUUGGUCUACUGCGCAGAUUUGAAUCAUCUUCCCCAUACAGCUGUUGGUGUUUCCCCGCACGGUCCUAGUCGGCCGGUAGUCGAAAUGGCGGAGACCGCAGGCAUGAACGGCGGUCCUAUCGCCGAGGACAAUAUCAUCAACCGCCGCGGCGGUGAGUCGAUCUAUCAAAGCUGCGUCAACCUCAAAAAGCGACUCGGAGAACUCCCAAACUUUGAAGCCCACUUGCAAGAGAUGGAGGAAGAAGAUCUAGCCCAGGGAAACACCGACCCUGUGGCGUCGCUAUGGAAUUGCCUCCGGAAUGGGUACCCCUUGUUGACCAUCUAUAACGCCUCAAGCCCCGAAGAAUACCUCGAGGUCGAUCCCGAAAAAAUCCCCGAAGCCAAACGCCCCAAAGCCGCCACUUUCAAGUUCCUUCAGGCGUCUCUGAAGGAGUUGGGGUUCCCCCAGCAAGACUGCUUCCUCAUCACCGACUUGUAUGGUGAGAGUACAACCGGAUUUAUCAAAGUGAUCAAGAUGGUGAACCGGGUGUUAGAUAUUUUAGAAAUGCAGGGUCAGCUGAAGCGAACUUCCGAUGUCCCGUCCCGCGCCCCGGAAAAGGGAGCCGUAAAACUUACCAAGCGAGAGCACAUUUUGAAGGAGCUGUUGGAGACGGAGCGCGACUAUGUCCACCAUCUUCAGAAUCUGCAAGCGCUCAAGAAGGAGCUGGAGGAGACGGGGGCUCUGACUGGCGAUGCUAGCCAUCAAAUCUUCUUAAAUCUAAACAACCUCCUUGAUUUCGCCCAACGAUUCUUAAUUCGCAUUGAGCAGCACUACGCCUUGCCGGAAGAAAGACAGAACUGGGGCAAGUUGUUUAUCCAACACGAGGAAGCUUUCAGGCAGUACGAACCGUUUAUCGCCAACCAGAUGCGUUGCGACGAAGCUUGCCUAAAGGAGUGGGACAAGAUCCAUACAGCCCCGAGGACUAUUGACUUGAAGCAAAUGGUUGCCCAACCCUCGACACUAAAUGGGUUCUUUGUCAAGCCUUUUCAGCGGCUGACCAAAUAUCCUUUGAUGCUUUCGGAACUGCGUAAGCAGACUGAAAACCCGGAUCUGCAGACUGAUAUUACCCGUGCUAUCGACGCUAUCCAGUGUGUCCUCGAUUCUGCAAAUGAUGCUAUUGAUAAAGAACAUCUGGCCUCCGCCUUCGUCGAACUUGAUGAACGGGUAGACGACUGGAAGUCGCUCAAAAUAGAUUCGUUUGGUGAAUUGCUUCGAUACGGUACAUUCACUGUUUUGAAGGGAGACAAUGGCAAAGAUUCAGAAAGAGAGUAUCAUAUCUAUCUUUUCGAACGCAUCCUCCUCUGCUGCAAAGAUAUCAACCCGAACAAACAGAAAACGAAACUCAUGGUGGGCAAAGAUAAGCCGGCAGCCACUGUUAAAGGAAAGCCACGCCUCCAACUUAAGGGCCGUAUCUACAUGGCAAACGUAACUGAUAUAGUUUGCAUUCAGAAGCCGGGAUCUUAUCGGAUUCAAAUCUUCUGGAAAGGUGAUCCAGGCGUAGUGGACAACUUUAUAAUUCGUUAUAAUAACGAAGAUUCUAUGCGCAAAUGGUACAAGGACAUUGACAAUCAAAGAGCAAUUCAAGCAGAACAUCGCAGCGCACGGAAUACCGGUACAUCGGAGACCGAAUUCACGUACAUGAGGAACAUGGCGAACAUGCCUAAUCCGUACCAACAAGAAUAUGAUGCCGAAGAGCAGGCAACUAAGGAGGCUGGUUUCUUCUCCGAAUUUCCCAUGAGUCGAAAUGCAUCGAGCACCAGUCUCCGGACGCGGUCCGCAACGGGCGGAAGUGGUGGCUCCGGCCCGCCUUUGUCAACUAAUCGCCCGCAUCGCUUCCCCAUGCCAGAUCCGAAUCUUUCUGUGCACACACAAUUCCCCAGUGGCAGUAUGUCACCGGCUGAGAGAAACGCCAACUCUUACUUUUCUCCUGUUGUCGAGACGCCAUCCACAAGGUCAAGCUCGCAGUCCACUGGUUAUUCGUACGGCCGCCAGACACCAGGCAGUACUUGGAACGAAGAACCCAAUCGGUAUACUGCACCCGCAUUGUCUCGUGGUGUUUCUCGGGACGGCUCAAACCAGAAUCCCUAUUUUAGUGGAGCACCCAACGGGCGGGGGGCUCAGCGUCCUUCCUUGCCUCCUAUGUCUGGUACUUCUAAUGGCAUGGCACAGCGGAUGCGUUCUGCGAGUAGCCCGGACAUACAUCAUCACAAUCCUGAAUCGCGUCGGUACAUGGGCGCGCACACAAUGCAGACAGUCGACAAUGUGCCCGUACCGCCGAUCCCUGCUCACAUGGCCAGCAUGAAGGCACCUGUCAAUAGGAGCCAAGCCAAUUCACCAACCAAUACUAGUCUCCCUAGCCGAAACGGAAAUACCAUUAGUGGACAACACACGCAUUUCCAUGAGCCUCAGUAUUCUGAAUCUCGAGCGAAUCAGCCGGCUUCGGACCAUCCUACAUCCCCACUGAGCCACGAACCCGACGAGGAGCCUCUCAUGCCAACCCAACUCAAAGCCAAGGUUAACUUCGACGAUAACUAUGUCACGUUGGUGAUCGCUAGCAACAUUAUGUUCCGAUCCCUUACAGAUCGAGUCGAUGCGAAGCUAGCCCGGUUCACUAAUCUGUCCAUUGGGAGCAAAUCGGUCAGAUUACGUUACCGCGAUGAGGACGGAGAUUUCGUCACUAUUGACAGCGAUGAGGCCGUUCAGUUGGCAUUUAUGGAGUGGCGGGAGCAACAUCGUGACAUGCUUACCCGAGGUCAAGUUGGCGAAAUUCAACUCUAUUGCCAAGCAGUCGAGAAUUAAAUGCAAUAUACCUGAAGCGAAGCGCUCUUUGUCAUGUUUUCUUUACUAUGUUCUAUCUAUUCUCUUCUCUUCUCACCUCAUUUCUUUACCUUUUCUUCUUCUAUUUUCUUUUGCUAUUUAA